GGCCUCCAGCAGGGAGGGCACACGGUGCAGGGGGCUGCCUGCCUCCUCUUCAGUGUGCCCAUUCUGAGGAAUGGGGCUUCUCUCCUGGCACUUUCCCCAGGCACUGGCCCAGAACAUUCCAGAACUCUGAUCCUCCGGCAACCCUAAACACUCCACAACCUGCACGGUCGCCUAGCAGCCUGCCGGGAGCGCCGCCCGGGCCUGGCGGGAGAGCUGGAGAGGAGGCCUCGCCAUUAAUGAGUUUGCCUGGGGAGCCUGGGGAGCGGUGAGAGGAAGGCGACAUGGGUCAGAAGGUCACCGGCGGCAUCAAGACCGUGGACAUGAGGGACCCCACGUACCGGCCCUUGAAGCAGGAGCUGCAGGGCCUGGACUACUGCAAGCCCACGCGCCUGGACCUGCUGCUGGACAUGCCCCCCGUGCCCUACGACGUCCAGCUGCGCCACUCCUGGAACAACAGCGACCGCUCGCUCAAUGUCUUCGUCAAGGAGGACGACAAGCUCAUCUUCCACCGGCAUCCGGUGGCCCAGAGCACGGACGCCAUCAGGGGCAAAGUCGGGUACACGCGUGGGCUACACGUGUGGCAGAUCACGUGGGCCAUGAGGCAGCGGGGGACGCAUGCUGUGGUGGGGGUGGCCACGGCGGAUGCCCCCCUGCACUCAGUGGGGUACACAACCCUCGUGGGGAAUAACCACGAGUCCUGGGGCUGGGACUUGGGCCGUAACCGGCUCUACCACGAUGGCAAAAACCAGCCCAGCAAAACCUACCCCGCCUUCCUGGAGCCUGACGAGACGUUCAUCGUGCCCGACUCCUUCCUCGUGGCCCUGGACAUGGACGAUGGGACCCUGAGCUUCAUUGUGGACGGACAGUACAUGGGAGUGGCUUUUCGGGGGCUCAAGGGCAAAAAACUGUAUCCUGUCGUGAGCGCCGUCUGGGGCCACUGUGAGAUCCGCAUGCGCUACUUGAACGGACUUGACCCCGAGCCCCUGCCCCUGAUGGACCUGUGCCGCCGCUCCGUGCGCCUGGCCCUGGGGAAGGAGCGUCUGGGCGAGAUCCACGCGCUGCCCCUGCCCGCUGCCCUCAAGGCCUACCUCCUGUACCAGUGACCCGGGCCGCCUGCACGACGCCACCCGUGCCAACUCACCGAACCGCCCGCGCCGCCACGCCUGCGCCUUGGACCAGGGCAGCUCGUCCUCGCCACCUCCUGCUGCUCCUGCCGGCCACGGACAGCUCUGGACACAGGCUCCCGACGUGCCCCAUCAGAGCCCCUCCUCGAGAACGCUGAGCGCCCAUCUGCUCUCGGGGCGGCGUGGGACACCCCCCACUGCUGGGCCCCAGGGCAGAGGGACCUGGGCGCCGAGAGCAGAUUCCGGGGUGCUAAGAGGUGCUUAUCGGAGGGCAGGUGCUCAGGCCCGUGGGCCGUGCCGCAGAUGAAGCUCAGGACGCCAGGGACUCGUGGACAUCGAGGCAGAGACCAGAACUGGACCUUCUGCAGGCACAUGCGCCCCCGGCGUCAGCCCGCUGCGGUGCCCCUGCCCCUGUAUUUAUUCUUUUAACAAUAACAAAAGCCAUUUAUUUAUUCCAUUUAGAAAGGAACCCUGUGUCGCUCAGCUGCUUCCGAGUGUUCUGUUGCUCUUUCCACCCGCCCCUCCCGGGAGGUGUGCCUCACCUGGCCUCGCCGGGCAGGGCCUGUGCUGUUUCCACACGGGGCACAAGGGUGUCUUUGUCUGGGCCCUGGACCCUGCACCAUGUUUCCAGGCGGGCCCCUCGGGGAGCGCCAGCCUCACGUGCAAUACAGGUGUCGGGCCGCCUGCCUGCCAGGCAGAGCCCACGGCCCCAGGGUGGCCACUUACCACUCGGUCUGGGGCGUGUGGCCUUAUUUCUCUCGUCCCGUCCGCGAAGUUUCUGCUGUGGGCUUGCUUUCGCUUUCGCUUUUACUUUCCUGGCAGAGCUGGGAUUUCCAUGUGCUCUGUCUUCCCGAGACCCCUGGGCUGGGGUGCGGGGAUGCAAGUGGCUCCAUCCUCGGAGAAGUCAGGGGCAGGACGCUGGGAAGAGGGGCAGAGCCGAGGUCAGCCUGGGGAGCCAGGCCUCCUCUUCACGACCCCCCACAGCCACAGAAGCGCCGGGCGGGGCAGGGCGGGGUGACUGAGGGAGAGGGGCGCUCCCUCCCUCUGAGCCCCACGUAGCAGACCCCAGCGCCCCGCCUGCCGAAGCCAUUUCUUUCAUCUUGAAGUUGGCUGACUUCAAUUCGUUUCUGUACAGGUACAAUAGAUGACUUUAUUUGUUUAAAAUGUUUAAUAUAUAUACAUAUAUAUUUGUCCAUAAGAAUGAUGUUUUAAACAGCUGCUGUAGGGUACCUUUAAAAAAAAGUCUUCCAGUGGAGUAUAUUUUUUAAAGCACAAAACUGGUGCCAAGACGGGGUGAGGAAUGUAAAUUAGCCCCUUACUAUUUUGAGGUUUUUGUUGGGGGAAACCUCACCUGCUAGACUCUGGAGACGCCCCGAACCCUGCUGGGGCGGGUCCUGCUCCCAUGAAUGUUGCACACAAGAGUUUCACUCACACAGACCCCUCCGUGCGGCCCGACCCGGCGUCCCUGCAGAGGCCGAUGCCUCACCGGGCUCUUUGUCGUCCCUCGGCCGCCCCCACCCGCCCCGGCCCUCCACCCUGCCCUUCUUCCCUCCCAGCCCAGCGCCGUGUGGCCUGUACAGUUUUGAAACCCCCGUUCUAUUUUAUGAUGGUUGAAUAAUAGUCAGUAACCUAAUAAAGGAAAGUUUAUUAA